AGGUUCUGUCAGUGGCUGGACGUCCGUCUGUCUCUCUGAGCUGCAGUCAUGAUUGGGGAUGUUUUGACAAUUCUUUAUGCUGUGCUUCAGCUGCUGGUGCCAUCACUUCCUCCGGCUCCUCUGUCCAGCACAGCUCUCCUAACCAAUGACAAGUAUUUAGGAAAGUGGUAUUUUGUUGGCGUUGCAUCAUGGGAUACCGAUGACAUUCAGGGGUAUCAGGGAAUAGAUAACUCUAUGGCAGAACUGAAGAAAACUGCAGAUGGGUCUUUGGAAAUGACUGCAACCAUGCUAAAAGGAGACCAGUGUCUUACCAUGUCCUGGACUUACAAGGUUGAUGCAUCUAUGGAUCCUAUUAUGGAGGAGGGCGACAAUAUUGGAAUGGCAUUUGAUGGCAAAUGGAUUGACUGUGACUCGUGUAUGCUAAUUCUGAAGAUUCACCCGGAGGAAACCUUCUUCAGAAUUAUGCUUUUUGCACGUACUCAAGACGCGCGAGGAGAGCUGGUGGAAAAAUUUAAGACGAAAAUGGAAAGUUACUGGGUCAUUGAUCAGUUUGUGAUCCCUCCUCAGACAAAAGAUUUCUGCAAGCUGGAAUAACCUCUCUGAGCAGAAAUGAAGAGUGAUUUUCAGUGCUAAGGGACGUGAACUUCAGUGUGUAAUGAGGCAUGAAGAUCUAACAGUGAAGAUCUUAAGCUGUUGUCCACAAUGUGAAAUCCUCUUCAUUGUUGAGUACACUUAGAUAUGAGCAGUGUAAAUAAAACAACAUUAAAGCAACAUUUGUGAGAA